CCCGGGUCACGGCCAGAAACGUCUAAGCGCCAUUACUCCCCAUCUCCCCACUCGUGACUUUGACAACUUCAGCGUCUUCCAGACUCUGUUAUCUGCUUCCUCUUCGCUGUACAUACGAAGUCCUGUCUUUGUCCUCUCCAGCGACGCGCGAUUCCGUAGGUCUGAAGCCAUGGCCGACGAGAAGAGCGUGUACGCGCUGACCAGCGCCGUCGCGACCAACAUGGACCGACUGCGCGCGUCCAUCAACGAACUACGUCAGCUCCACGACCGUUGGAAAGACGAGAACGGCACUUCCAUCAAUCUAAUUGCGCAGAUCACGUCCUUGAAAACGAAUCUUGGUGAAAUGCAAGAUUGGAUGAAUUAUAGCAUCAAUGAAAUGCAUCCCCAGCUCUUGCAAGAUCUGGAUGUGCUAAUGAAUUCGUGCGGUAUCCUCGUGCGACACUUGGAAGCUUUGAUGGCAACUUUGAAACAACCUGCCCAUGACAACGUAGACUGGGCGCUCAAAUUAAGGUAUUCAGUCAGUACCAGAUCCAUGGAGCGACUCCGCAAUGCCGCCAAACGGCAGGCAGAUGCUGUCGCAUUACUUCUGGCUGCUUGUAAAUGUCACACAACAGCACAGCGUAAGAUCUUGUUACACAAGAGUAGACAGAUCAGAAAAGAGGAUGCCUCAUCCAUGUCAACAUUGGCGCGGACGUCGAAGCUUAACAGCCAAUGCAUCAAGACAUUGACAUCAAUCUCAUCCAUGAUCCAGUGGUUUAGAUUCUUAUUCUUUGUCAAGAUUACUGGGAAAGAGGAGAAGCCACCACCGACAGAAGAAGAUUACCUCGACGCAGCAGCAGCUAUGCGUUCCGAAGCUAUUGAUCGAAGUCUCGAAGAGGAUGCUGCGUCACUUCGCCGCGAGACGAAGCUUGUGCUGAUGGGAAGCGUCAACAGCGGCAAAGAGCUAAUCAUGAGGCAAAUGAAAGUUCUCUAUGCAGACGGCUAUCCUAGAGAAGAGCGGAUGGGGUAUCGUUAUGCUGUCCGCUCUACCAUUCGACUCCUUAUUCAUGCCAUGAUCGACCUUCUUCGAGACACUGGAAUCUCGUUGCCCAAGGAACUUCAUCGAAACUUUGCGGUACUCCUGGAUGAAGUCGAGAACACAGAUAUCGGUACCAUCACACCAGAUGCCGUUCGUGCAGUAACGCGGAUAUGGAAUAGCAAUGAGUUCUCAACCCUCUAUGUCAAAAACUUCGAGAUCGACUUCCCCCAAUACACGCCAUACUUCGCUCAGGAUAUCGAACGAAUCGCAGAUGUCGACUACAUUCCUUCUGAGGCAGACAUCAUACGUCUCAAUCACUCUAUGGGUGGCAUCAAAGAACUACGCUUCACAUGGGAUGACAUGAGCGUGCACCUUUUCAACAUCAGCGGCUACAUCCCCGAUCAAUUCCGGAAACGAUGGUUCCAUCAGCUCGAGGGGGCCUCAGCGCUGAUCUUCACAGUCGACAUAUCAACCUACGAUCGCCCUUACCUAGGUCAAUCUGCUGAAUCACAACUCCUAUCCGACUUCGCAACUUUCGAGUCCUGGGCGAACUCGCCAAAGUUCUUCGGCGCCUCUAUCGUUCUACUACUAAAUAACUUCACACGCUUCAGAGAGAAACUCCAACACUCGCCCAUGCAAACCUUCUUCGAAGACUACACACCUGAUGACGAGGAUCCAGAAACCGCCGCUAGACAAUACAUCCUGAAGCGCUUCAAGGAACUCAACCGAAAUCGCCUCAGCAUGUACUCCUUCUGGGUCGACCUCGACAUGAGCGACAACCAGCAUCUAUACGCCGCACUGAAGAAGACGUUGAGCCACAUCCAAACGCGAAAAGCGAGGAGCGAAGUCUGGGAAGCGAAUUCACAAGGCUUGAAAAGCCGCUCGACGCUCAGCAGAUCUGCGCGUAAUAGUGGAGGUCUUGCGAGUCCAAGUAGUCCCAGGCGAAGCAACACCGUGACUACGAGGAACAGUUCGACGAGAGGAUGAUUCUCCCUUCUUUUUACAUUUCAUUUUAUCUUCCUUAUUUCGCAAUUUCCCUUCAUAUCCAAACUCUUUUUCACUUCAUGAGAUACCAGGAUUUGUCGUUGGCCUAACGCCUUUUUCUUUUUGCUUUUUCCCUUGCUAUCCAAUUCAUAAUCCAGCGUUCAGCAUCAUGACGGCCCAAAAAUGUCUUUUGGUUUCGGAGGCAUAUUUGUUGUGUGGUGGUACUGAACGACAUUUCUUCCUUGCUGCAUUUUUAUCAUAUCUACCCCCUUACGAUCGCAUAUACACUUACUGCCUUGAUGUCGAUGGUUGGCUACAUACAUGACACAAACGUCUCUCCCUUGUUCCUAUGUAUUUUCCUUUGUAAUUAUGCACUUUAUACGUGCUGGUGGUGCACGGGAUGCACCUAAAGACGCUGGGGUGGUGGGUCGUUGUUGAUACUACAAUGAGUCUAAUAAUGUGGAUGUUUUAGUUACCAGGACAGGUUCCUCCAAAUAUAUAAU